UCAUUCAGUUUCUUGGUCAUCAUGAAAACGUACGUGGUGCUGUGGUUUUUGUAUAGUUCAGUGACUUGCCGCACUAUAUUUUGGGAAGAAAGUGCGCCAUCUGUACAAUCUGUGCGCGAAUUUCUGACACGUUAUGGCUACCUUCCCGAAAGAGAGAAAGGCAUUGACUUCACGUAUACAAAACAGGCGAUCAAGGAAGGAGUCCGAAAAAUGCAAACUUUCGCGGGCUUACCGGCGACCGGAGAAAUAGACAAAGAGACGAUAAAACUAUUUCGAAGGAAACGAUGCGGUGUAAAAGAUAUCCUGCCUAACAAUAAAUCACAUCGAAAUAAACGGUACAUACUCCAGCAAGGCUGGGACAAGAAGACAAUUACAUAUAGCGUAUUAAACGGGUCGAGUACUUUAGAGAAGUCUCGAGUAGAAGCGAUAAUGGAAGCGGGCCUGGCGGUGUGGGCGCCUCACGGGGGACUCACCUUCCUGCGCCACGAUGCUAAACCUGACAUACAGGUCUCUUUUGUUAGCAGGGACCAUGGGGAUGGAUUUCCUUUCGACGGGCCAGGCCGGGUGGUGGCACACGCGUUCCCCCCGCCCCACGGGGCCAUGCACUUCGACGACGACGAGUUCUGGGGGGACAAUCCUGAUGAAGAAGAUGAUGACGUCACAGACUUCUUCGCGGUCGCGGUGCACGAGAUAGGCCAUGCGCUAGGAUUGUCGCAUUCCAACGUAAAAGCGUCUGUUAUGUACCCGUACUACCAGGUUCCUGUGGAGAAGCUGCAUGAAGACGAUAUUUUGGGAAUGCAGGAGCUGUACUCGUCAAUAAACAACGAGCAUUCAGCAGAAGAAUCAGAAGAGACGACAGAAGCGGUGCAGUCGAGGUCUUCGUUAGUGCCUCGCUUUACAAAGGCGGAUAGCGAUGAGGAUGACAUACCGGAUCUGUGCUUUACGAACUAUGACACAAUACAGGUUAUACAGGGCAAGAUUUUCGUGUUCGAAGAAGAAUGGAUGUGGGUGCUAUCUGACAGAAAAAUGAUAUUGGAAGGAUAUCCUAAACGAUUCCACGACGUGUUCAUUGGCCUGCCGAAGUAUAUUGGAGUCAUCAAAACUAUAUACGAAAAACGGAAUGGACAUAUCGUUAUAUUUUGGAGUCGCAGCUACUGGGAGUUCAGUUCCCGCUUCCGUUUAAUAAAGCGCGGCAGAAUAACCGAAUACUUAAUCCCACAACAUGUAGCCGAGUUGACGUCUGUAUUCAUAUCAGACUACAACAAUAAAACCUAUUUGAUUGAGGACGAACGGUUCUGGCGAUUUGAUGAAGAACCGAGACUCAUGGAUAAGGGAUAUCCUAAAGAAAUGUCUGCGUGGAGGAAGGUGCCAUAUCCUGUUGAUGCCGCUAUUGUUUGGAAAGGCGAUACCUUCUUUUUCCGCGGGCCUCGGUUUUGGCGCUUCGACGAUAGAUUAGUUCAAGCACAUGAAUAUUACCCGUUGCCAACUGCACAAAUAUGGUUUCCCUGUGACCCAACUCCAGAAAUGUCGCGGUACAUCACUAAUGAUGAACCAUAGACGUCAGUCAUGACUGUCAUAGAUAAGCUUCGAUAUUGUCACUCUGUGGUGCUACAUGUAACCAAAUAAUAUAAGCUAUUUUUACCCCUACAUGGCUUAUAAAUUGCUUUAAUAUGUUAUUUAUAUAUGAUGUUUAAUA